AUGAUCUUGACCACGCUUGUGCUAUUAAACCAGACCGUCCGAGCACUCCGUGCACGCUCUAUGAAAGUAAGAGCUGCCCGAAUUAUUGAAGUUCAAAGGAAGAUACUAUGCCUUAAUAAAGAACCGACUUAUGGAUCUUCUAGUGGAGACGCCGUUGUACCGCGGUGCCCUCGCUCUUACCAGACUCCCAUGACAAAUGAUCUGAGAAAUCGUAACAUCGAGGCCAUCUCGGCCGUUCGUAGCGAGAUCCAGGCUGUGAUGGACCGUACUCACUGGGAGCUCGGGGUGGUUACUGAGCGGUUGGCCGAGCUAGAGACCGAGAGAGGACAGGAGGAUUUGUCUGUUUGGCUGUAA